AUGGGACCAAAGAAAAAAAAUAAUAAAAAAGGAGGACAACAACAACAACAACAACAACAAAAAGAUACAUCUAAUAAAUCAAAUAGUAAUAAUAAUAAUAAUAAAGUAGAGAAAUCAGAUAAUGAAGAGACAUCAGCAUCUACAUCAUCUAUUAGUGUAUCAUGUGAUUUGAGUGAAUCAGUCGAUAUGUCAAGUGACAUUUCAAGCUCUGUUGUAGAGCUUAGUGGUAACACUGAUCUUGAUCAAAGUGUAGACUCACUAGAUGGUGCUGAUCAACACAUAGAUAGCCAAUCAAAUUCAACACCAUCAACAUCAUCACCAACAACAAUCAUCACUGAAAAUAAUAAUAAUAAUAAUAAUAAUAACAGUAAUAGCAAUCCUAAUAUUGAAAUUGUGGAUGUUGAAAAAGUUCAAAGUGGAAAUAAUAAUGACAAUGUAGUUUUAAAUGAAAUUUCAAAAUUAUAUUCAUUGUUAUCAUUAGUCUCCAAUAAUGUAAUAGAUAUAAAAGAUAAAUUCAAUAAUAAUAAUAAUAAUAAUAAUAGUAUAAAUCAUUUCAUUAAUAAUCAAAGUAGUGGUAAUUUAAGUACUAUCGGUAGUAGUGGUGAGGUGUUUGGUGAGUUGAGAUCGAGAAGAAGCGAUAGUUUCACUAGCAAUGGAGAUAGCAGUGAAUUCGAUUGGAAAUCAAUGUAUUUGAUGCUCUCACAACAAUACCAACUAGAGAAGAAGCGUGGUGAUGAACUUGAGAUUCAAGUCAAGGACUUGGUACACGAGAAUCAAUUGUUGACCGGACGUAUCAAAGUUUUAGAAUCACAUGUAGAAGUAGAGAAAAAGAAAUUACAUCAAGCUUUUGGUACGAUUAGAACUGGAAGUAAGAAGUUGACAAUGAAGUUGGGUAAAGGAAAUAUCGAUUUGUCAACCAUUCUCGAUGAGUUGGGUCGCGAUAUCGAUACGAUUUCAGAUAGUACGGCAAUCGAUCACCGUUUGACAGAGAAUGCACAGUCCAUGUUGAACAAACUCAAUAGUUUCACACCACACAACUCUGCAACUGAAUUGUUGACUCCCGAGGAAGUUGCACAACAAAAAUCACAAACCACAACUGUUGCUCCAUUAGUGUCACAUCAUAAUCACAAUACCGCUACUACUACUACCGCCGCGGUUGUUUCAGGUGAAGAUACUACACAACAUCACCAACAAAGUUUUGCUACAAUAAUACCAGUUGAAUCAACUACACCAACACCAACAGCAACUCCAAUAUCAACACCAUCUUCAACUCCACUAUCUAUUUCAGCAUCAAAUAGCUUAGAGAAUAUCAUUGCAACAACAACAUCGUCAUCAACAACAGAACAAGAAACAGAUGUAAUUGAUGUAGAAAGACAUAGUACUAACUACAAAGAGGCAGAUGGUCAAGUUGUCACUAUCUCUUAUGGUGGCGAACAACUCAGAAAAGUAGUCAAAGUACAAUCAUACGUAAGAAGAUGGUAUGCACAACAACAAUACAAGAAAUUAAAACAAUUCCAACUUGUAGAAACAAAGAGAUUGGCAGUUGGAGAAUUGUUUGAAACCGAGUCAACUUAUAUUACACAUUUGUCGAAUUUAUUAAAGAUCUUUGUUGCUCCACUUAGAGUAAGAUUGCAAAACGGUGAGAAUCUGGUGAGUGCACACGAUAUCGAGAGAAUAUUCUCAACUGCCAGCACCAUCUUUAAGAGUAACUCUAUAUUCUUGCAUCAAAUGGAGGAUAUGUACAAGAACUUCAAUCGUUGGUCGCAAAUCGGUGGUAGAAUGUUGGAGCAAUUGCCACUGUUUGAAUCGUACAUUGACCAUCCCGACUACAUCCCACUGACACGCGCACUCGACGCAUUCAAGAAGUUUGCCGACGGAAUCAACGAGCGAAAAGGCAUGAGAAUCAAGGCGCUCGCACUCGAAGACAAGAUCCUCGGUUACAAAGACGACAUCACCUCGAAAUCGAGAUAUCUCAUUCGUGAGGGACCUCUGCGUUACAAGAAGAACAACGAAUAUGUAUUCCUCUUCAACGACAUGCUCAUGAUUUGUCAUCCACAAUACAAAAAGUCAAAGGUUCGUCUUGGUGUUUCAUCUUCGCCAAGCAGUAGUAGUAACAGUCUCACCAGUAAAGAUGGAAGUAAUAAAGAUGGAAGUAAUAAGGAUGGAAGUACUUCGCCAUCGUUGAUGUUACCAUCAUCGGUAAACGGUGGAUCGACAUCGCCAACUCCUUCAUCGCCAACACAAGAUCAUCAUCAUCAUCCUCACCACGACAUGCCAUGCUCCUAUAAGUUCAUAACAAGAGUGAUGCUCGACGCACGUGUAAAGAUAGUUCAAGACAGUCACGAACCAAAGUUCCUCACAAUCAUACCAGAUCAAUACUCGAUUGAGUUGACCGCAUCAUCCACCGAGGAAAGACAUCUCUGGGUUAAAGAUCUUAUCACACUUGUCACCAUCUUCACCAACAAUCUACUGAACAAUCCAACAACCAGUGCAAACAUCAUUCCAAGUAAUAACCUAUCAUCGUCAAGCAGAGACAACUCUUUAAAUUAA